AUGUUUCCGGCUGCUCCGUCCGUUUCUAAUUCUGGAGGGUGCCAUCAAUAUUUGCGCACAGGUGUGAUGGAGAAGACGAAGUCAGUGGUUAAAUCUGGGGUGAUGUGCUCCAACUCCAGAGGAAAAGAAGCGCUGCUGAAUCACAUUCCAAUUCUGAGAUGGCUACCAGGAUACAGCGUGAAAGACAACCUCAUCGGCGAUUGCAUCGCUGGUCUGACCGUAGCUGUCAUGCAUAUUCCUCAAGGUAAUGCCUUCAUUUUCCGCUCGAAAGAAAAACACCGAGAGGAAAUUGACUCCACAGAAAAUUACGCAGCUAGGAUGGCGUACGCUUUACUCGCUGGUUUAGAGCCCGUCAACGGAUUAUACAUGGCAUUCUUCCCUGUUCUGAUUUACAUGAUUUUCAGCACGUCGAAACAUAAUUCAGUCGACCUGGAAGCGGAUUGGCACCCGGUUUACUGCAAUGCGGCAAACCUGAUGGUGAUUAAAGAUAAUGAUCAGGAAGGCGGCAAAAGCCCAGCAAAGUCCCCAAAGACUUCACUUCUUGGAUUGGAUUGCCCAACAGCGUUGCUGAUGGGACUUCUGCGACUUGGUGCGUUGUCAGUGUUGCUGUCAGACGUGCUCAUCAGUGGAUUGACCACAGGUGCGAGCAUUCACAUUCUCACUUCACAAUUGAAAGGUAUAUUCGGAAUACCUGUGCCAAGGAUCACGGCAUUCCCCAAACUGAUACGGGUCCAUUUGCACAUCAUCAACCAUAUUUACGAAUCAAACGUCGUUGCCCUGCUCGUCUCUGCUGUCACCAUGGGGGCAUUGGCCGUCAAUAAUGAUUUUAUAAAGCCAUGGCUUUCAAAGCGCUGUAGGUUCCCUGUGCCGAUAGAAUUGAUUGCUGUUGUCGGCGGAACCUUGUAUUCCUACUUCAUGAAACUUCACGAACGCUACGCAUUGCCGAUCCUUGGCAGCAUUCCGACG